CAAAUCACACGAGCCCCUUCUAUACAUACAUUUCUCUACAUAUACCAACAUUUCUCCCACCUCGUCUUUGCACGGAAUCCAUUUUUGAUUACUCCAUUCUUCCCACUUUUGCUUAGGAAAAUCAAACACGCAAUGCCUCACACGGUAACAACCUCCCAAAUGGAUCAAAUUCUACCCAAAAAAUUUGUAUUGGAGGCCGAAGAGGCCCAGUCGAUCCGUCAAUCCCAGAACCUCCCGUCGGUGCUCCACCUCUUUCCCCGCCUAGUUCAAUCGGCGCAGUCGCUGGCCCGCCCGCCCAUCUCGAAUUUUUCUGUCGGCGCGGUGGGUUUGGGUUCCGACGGCCGUGUAUUCAUCGGCGUCAAUCUGGAGUUCCCGGGAGUCCCACUCCACCACUCUGUACACGCAGAACAGUUUCUCCUUACCAAUCUUGCUGUCCAUGAGUGUCCUCGGCUACUGUAUCUAGCUGUUUCUGAUGCCCCCUGCGGUCACUGCCGCCAGUUCUUGCAGGAGCUCCGUGAUGGCUCGUCCCUUGGAAUCCUUGUCACAUCCCCUGUUGGAGGGAAUCUUGACAAGGAUCCUUCCUUCAAACCCUUGUCUGAAAUUUUACCUAACCCAUUUGGCCCGCAUGAUCUUUUAGGUAAAGAAAUUCCGCUUCUUCUCGAGCCACACGAUAAUGGGUUCUCUCUGUUACCAAAAAAUGCUGUAUACGUGGACGGAAAUUCGAGCAAUCUUUGCAAUGGUUAUUGUGAAUUGUCCGCGGGCAAUGAGAAUUCUGUAAAAUUGAGCAAUGGUAAUAGGGAAAAAAACGAAAAGGAUGGGAUCCUUUUGAGAAAAGCAGCAUUGGAAGCUGCUAAUAAUUCUCAUGCUCCAUACAGUGGCUGCCCUUCUGGGGUGGCGUUGAUCGAUUCCGAAGGGAAGGUGUAUAGAGGAUCGUAUUUGGAGUCUGCCGCAUACAAUCCUAGCUUAGGGCCGGUGCAGGCGGCAUUGGUGGCGUAUGUGGCUGGAGGCGGUGGUGGUUAUGAGAGUAUUCUGGCCGCAGUUUUGGUGGAGUUGGAAGAGGCUAAGGUGAAGCAGGAAGAUACUGCAAGGCUUAUUUUGAAGGCAGUUUCACCCAGAUGUGAAUUUACGGCGUACUAUUGUCGACCAGCAAAAAGCGGUUUUAAAAAUCGUCUGUGAUUAAUGUGAGUUCAACUGUAUUAAUCUAUUAUAUCUGCAUAUUGUUUGCAAUUGUAGAUUUCAUAUCACUAUUCUAUUUAAAAAUCAUUGGGGUUCAUUUCAUCUACAUAUGAUCGGAAACACUUCUACAUCCAAGUUUCAGUAAGUACAAAUCUGUGAAUGAAUUAUGAAAGACACUGUCUUUCUUUGCAAA